AACGCACAAGAAAUCUCUCUCUGGACUUACUAUAAAUACGCUGCAGCCCCUCACCACUCACCUUCAAUUCAUUUUCAUUCCGUUUCGAUCCCCAGCGAACGCAUACCGAAGAAGAAGACCAAGUAGAAGAAGAAGGAAAUGCAUCUCUACAAUGCAUGGCUGCCACCGCCGGUGGCCGAGGAGACCAAGAAAGAGACUGAAUCUUUCUCUCGAGUGAUCAACUCCGUUAAGGCCUCUUAUAAGCCCGACGAUCCUGAAUCUGUCUAUGCCACUCUUAAAUGGAUUUCUGUUAUCGACCUCUUCAUAAAGGCGAAAAGUGAAGUGGCUUUGGAAGAUGUGAAUCAGCUUGUGGAAAUUGGAAUUCAUUUGUUCAAUAUAUCUCAGAAUAAGCUUUAUGCCCAGGUUCGAUGGGGAAGUGUCUUGGUUAGAGUGCUUAAUAAAUUCAGAAAGAAGUUGCAUUCUUUAAAAGUGCAAUGGCGGCCGUUGUAUGAUACUCUGGUUCAUACUCAUUUCUCAAGGAAUACAGGUCCAGAAGGAUGGAGGUUGAGACAACGGCACUUUGAGACUGUUACAUCACUUGUUAGAUCCUGCAGGAGAUUCUUUCCUGCAGGUUCUGCCUCGGAUAUAUGGUCUGAGUUUAGUUCCCUAUUGGAAAAUCCAUGGCAUAAUUCAUCAUUUGAAGGAUCUGGGUUUGUGAGACUUUUUCUACCCACCAACUUGGACAACCAGGACUUCUAUACAGAGGAUUGGGUUGAAAAGAGUUUGGAACUGUGGGACUCAAUACCAAAUUGCCAAUUUUGGAACAGCCAGUGGGCAGCUGUCAUAGCACGUGUUAUAAAAAACUGUAGCUUUGUCAACUGGGAAGGCUUCUUGCCAACACUUUUCACCAGAUACCUAAAUAUGUUUGAGGUUCCUGUGGCAAAUGGAAGUGGGUCAUAUCCCUUUUCUGUUGAUGUUCCCCGGAAUACGAGAUUUUUAUUCUCCAACAAAACGAGUACCCCAGCAAAGGCUAUUUCAAAAUCAAUUGUAUAUUUACUAAGACCUGGAAGUUCAGCACAGGAACACUUUGAGAAAUUGGUCAACCUCUUGGAACAAUAUUACCAUCCCUCUAAUGGUGGUCGCUGGACCUAUUCCUUGGAGCGGUUUUUGCUUUAUUUAGUAAUUACAUUCCAGAAGCGCUUACAGCAUGAGCAACAGACCACAGAUAAUGAUGGACAAGCUGAAUUGUUUCUAGGAAAAUUGGAGAGGAGUUCUUUUGUUACUGUGCUGCUGAAGUUAAUAGACCGUGGGCAAUAUAGCAAGAAUGAGCAUCUAUCUGAGACAGUUGCUGCGGCAACUUCUAUUUUAUCAUAUGUGGAGCCCUCUUUGGUUCUUCCAUUUUUAGCAUCUCGGUUCCGUCUGGCCUUGGAGACGAUGACUGCCACCCACCAGUUGAAAACGGCUGUCAUGUCUGUGGCAUUUGCGGGACGCUCGUUGUUCCUCACAUCCUUAUCAACUUCAAAACUGGUUGAUUUUGGUGGUAAUGAUGAUACUUUCCUUGAUCUUUUGAUGAUUUCAUUAUCCAAUGCAUUACUUGGCAUGGAUGCCAAUGAUCCUCCCAAAACCUUGGCAACCUUGCAGUUAAUUGGUUCAAUAUUCUCGAAUAUUGCAACUUUGGAUGAUGAAAAGAAUGAUCUGUCAUUCAUGCCAACAAGCCGCCUUUCUGAAUGGUUGGAUGAAUUCUUUUGUCGCCUAUUUUCAUUACUUCAACAUUUGGAACCCAGUACUGUUCUGAAUGAAGGCUUACAUUCAUCAGGAACAUCUGGGACAUUUCUGGUUGAGGAUGGUCCUUACUAUUAUUGCAUGCUUGAAAUCUUGCUUGGCAGGCUCUCGAAAUCACUAUACAAUCAGGCUUUGAAGAAAAUUUCAAAGUUUGUCAGGACAAAUAUUCUACCUGGAGCAGUAGCAGAGGUUGGACUGCUUUGUUGUGCAUGUGUUCAUUCAAAUCCAGAUGAGGCAGUUGGUUCUCUUGUUGAGCCAAUUUUGUCAUCUGUUAUAUCAUCUUUGCAAGGAACUCCUACUACAGGCUUUGGAGGAAGAGGAAUCCCUGAUUCAUCUGUUUCAGCCAAGGCAAAACCAGCACUCUCUCCGGCUCUUGAAACAGCAAUUGAUUAUCAAUUGAAAAUAUUGUCGGUUGCCAUCAGCUAUGGAGGUCCUGCACUUCUUCGCUGCAAGGAACAGAUUAAAGAAGUUAUUGAGUCUGCUUUUGAAUCUCCCUCGUGGAAGGUUAAUGGAGCUGGUGAUCAUCUUCUUCGAUCUGUCCUUGGAAGUGUGGUUGUUUAUUAUCCUAUUGAUCAGUAUAAGUGCAUGUUGUGCCAUCCUGCUGCUGCAGCAUUAGAAGAAUGGAUUAGCACAAAAGAUUAUAGUAGGGAUGAAAAAUUGAUUGGCCCCAAGUGGCAUGUUCCAAAUGAUGAAGAAAUUCAGUUUGCAAAUGAACUUUUGAACCUUCAUUUUGAAUCAGCUUUAGAUGAACUUUUGAGAAUAUGCCAAAACAAAAUCCACUCUGAUCCAGGAAAUGAAAAAGAGCACUUGAAAGUCACUCUUUUACGUAUUGAUUCUUCAUUGCAAGGUGUUUUAUCUUGCUUACCUGAUUUCAGCCCAUCCUCCAGGAAUGGGAUUGUUGAAGACCCAAGUCAUACUUCUUUCUUGAUAGCUGGAGCAACAGGUUCAACUGUUGGAAGCAUUGAAUUGCGUGUAAAAGCUGCUAAGAUUAUUCACACAGCUUGCAAGUACCUGUUGGAGGAAAAAUCAGAUGACAGCAUCCUGUUGAUACUUAUUAUUCGUAUCAUGGAUGCACUGGGAAAUUAUGGAAGUUUGGAGUAUGAUGAAUGGUCAAAUCACAGGCAGGCUUGGAAGUUGGAAUCUGCUGCCAUUAUAGAGCCUCCAAUAAAUUUCAUUGUGUCAUCUCAUUCUAAAGGAAAGAAAAGGCCGAGGUGGGCUCUUAUUGACAAAGCAUACAUGCAUAGCACAUGGAGGUCGUCACAAGCAUCAUAUCAUCUGUUUCGGACGAGUGGGAACUUUUCUCCUUCAGAAGAUGCAAUUCUUCUAAUGGAAGAUCUACUGAACCUCUCUUUGCAUAGCUAUGAGACUGUUCGCGCACUUGCUGGAAAAUCACUGCUGAAGAUGAUUAAGAGAUGGCCAUCUAUGAUCUCAGAGUGUGUGCUCUCUCUUACUGAAAACUUGCGGAACCCUAAAGCACCUGAGAAUGCAGUGCUAGGUUCUUGUGCAGUCCUUUCUACACAGACAGUUCUUAAGCAUUUGACAACGGAUCCAAAAGCAUUAUCAUCCUUUCUUCUUGGAAUUCUUUCUAGUUCCCACCAUGAAUCACUGAAAGCCCUGAAAGCAAUUAAUGAGCUUUUUGUCAAGUACAACAUCCACUUCUCUGGAGUAUCUAGAGCCGUUUUCAGGGCAUCGGACAAUCACACAGAUGGUUCAGAUUUUGCAGAUUUGGUUUCUCAGAUUAUAUCUAUGAGUUUUGACUCUACUGGAUUGCAUUGGCGGUAUAACCUGAUGGCUAAUAGGGUUCUGCUUUUGUUGGCCAUGACAUCUAGAAAUGAGCCAAGCUUCUCUUCAAAAAUACUGAGUGAAACUGCUGGUCACUUCCUAAAAAGUUUAAAGAGUCAACUUCCUCAGACAAGAAUACUUGCAAUCUCAGCUCUGAAUACUCUUCUAAAAGAAUCGCCAUAUAAGUUGUCAGCUGAGAAUCUAGGCGCGUCUUCUGGGAAUCAUAUGAAUACCAAGUCAUCUCUUGAAGGGGCAUUAAGCAAAAUUUUUCAGGAAGAUGGAUUUUUUAAUGAGACUUUGAAUAGUCUUUCACAUGUUCAUAUAAUCACCGAUACAGAUGGCAUGUCUAGAGGAAAUCAUGGAAAUUCUUCUUUCCAAAGUUUGGCAGACAAAUCAAUCACCCGUUUUUAUUUCGACUUUUCUGCUUCCUGGCCACGUACUCCUAGUUGGAUUUCUUUGCUAGGAAAUGAUACUUUUUACUCAAAUUUUGCACGGAUCUUUAAGCGGCUGAUACAAGAAUGUGGCAUGCCUGUUUUGCUGUCACUUAAAAGUACAUUGGAAGAGUUUGCAAAUGCUAAAGAAAGGUCUAAGCAAUGUGUUGCUUCUGAGGCAUUAGCUGGAGCGCUACAUUCUGAUAUUGAUGGUCUUUUAACAGCAUGGGAUGGUUGGAUGAUGGGUCAGUUACAGAAUGUCAUUCUUUCUCAGUCGGUGGAAUCUGUACCUGAGUGGGCGGCUUGUAUACGCUACGCAGUUACCGGAAAAGGAAAAUAUGGUACCGGAGUUCCUAUUCUGAGACAACAAAUUUUGGACUGCUUGAUGAUGUCUUUACCUCCAGCUGUGACCACUACCAUUGUUGCAAAACGCUACACUUUUCUUUCAGCUGCACUUAUAGAAAUUUCCCCACAAAAAAUGCUUUUGCCUGAGAUAGAGCUCCACAGUAAACUUCUUAAUGAGUUAUUGGGUAAUAUGUGCCAUUCAUCAGCCCAAGUAAGGGAAGCUAUAGGGGUCACCCUGUCCAUAUUGUGCUCCAAUAUUCGCCUUCAUUUAUCAAUUGCUCAUAAUCAUUCAAGUGAAGAUGCAAAUGCUGACUUUGAUAAACUACUAAAAGAGGAAAAUUGGGUUCUGUUUCUGACAGAACGAGCUUCUGAUGUGGUCACAAAUAUUCAGAAAACUAGCCCUUUGGACAAUUUAGAGAUACCAACACGGACAGUUCCUCAAAAUGGGUCCUUGAAUGGAGAUGCACAGGAUGAUGUUAAGUGGAUGGAAACGCUCUUUCAUUUUGUCAUAUCAACACUGAAAUCUGGAAGAUCAUCUUAUUUGCUGGAUGUCAUUGUGCAGUUUCUCUAUCCUGUAAUUUCCUUGCAGGAAACAUCAAAUAAAGACUUAUCAACCCUGGCCAAGGCUGCUUUCGAAUUGCUAAAAUGGAGGAUUUUCUGGGAACCUCAUCUUCAAAGUGUUGUUUCAGUUAUCCUUACUUCAGCCAAUGAUCCUAACUGGCGGACCAGAUCAGCUACUCUGACAUAUCUACGUACUUUCAUGUAUAGGCAUACUUCUAUUCUCUCGAGGAUUGAGAAACAACAAAUUUGGAGUACUGUUGAGAAUUUACUGAGGGACAAUCAAGUAGAGGUGAGAGAGCAUGCUGCGGCGGUUCUAGCAGGUCUAAUGAAGGGCGGGGAUGAAGAUCUUGCUAAAGACUUCCGUGAUAGAGCUUUCAUAGUGGCCAGUACCAUUCAAAGGAAGAGAAAGAUGAGGAAUUCAAAAUCUGGACAAUCAAUAGCAUCUAUUCAUGGUGCUGUGCUUGCUUUGGCUGCUUCUGUAUUAUCCGUCCCAUAUGAUAUGCCCGGGUGGUUGCCCGAGCAUGUUACUUUAUUGGCUCGUUUUGGAGGAGAGCCAUCACCUGUGAAGUCUACAGUUACAAAGGCAGUUGCUGAGUUCCGUCGGACUCAUGCAGAUACAUGGAAUGUCCAGAAAGAUUCAUUUACAGAAGAGCAACUUGAGGUUUUGGCUGAUACAUCUUCUUCAUCAUCAUAUUUUGCUUGAUAUAUACCGUAAACUUCUAGCAAGGAAAAAUAUAUUAUAGGAACUCAAUGUCAGAACUGCAAGCUCAAUGAUUGGAAGAUUAGAAGGAAUCAUAUAUUUUUCGGUAGAUAUUGUAUAAUUUAGAAAUGGAGUUCUAUUUACAAUAUGUUUCAUUUGUCAUGGGCCUUACAAGUUUAUUGUUGCUCAUUUAGUAUCCUCGUCUUUGCUUCUUUUGUAAUGUAAACUUCCUUGAAGUAUUGGAUUCAUUAUAUCAUCUGAUGGUAAAUCCCGUAAUAUAGUCUCUCUAUCGAAUAUACUGGAGCCUUGCCUGA